AUGUACCCCUCAUCCAGCUUGACGAGUGUGAGCAACCACCCAUCUUCUGCUUCUAAUCAAUCUUAUGAACAUCAACGAUAUCCCAUGGCCCUUGAUCAGCAACACACGUUACAGGCCUUUAUACCUGGGGUAUUCCACUGCCGGGUACGCUUCGAUGGGAAUCGUCACGCACUGGCUUGUGCCGACCAUCAGAUCACAAGCAAGUUACCCUUAAGCAAUAUCAAGGAAGAGGCAGGCCGUUUCAACGUGUGGUCGGCCAACUAUGGAGUAAUCCGCACUGAGGGCGCUUUUUCCGAUCACAAACUUCGAGACGCUUCCCACGUGCGCACUCGAAUGCUCAGACUCCUUCAAAGUCUUGCAUCGAUUUUGAACCGUAUACUUGUAUUAUCGGCAGGCCAAACGAUACCUUGGGAAGAUCUAUCCGCAUCCAAAUCAGACUCGGAUGAUAACCUGCCCCACGACAACCCAUCACUCACCGAGCUGGGCCAGUUGGCGAACGAGAUGAAGGACGUGAUCACUUGUCUCAUGCGGCUCUCAAUCUUCAUCGAGAAUCCAGCUCCGCACGAUCAGUUCAUAGGAUAUUGUACCAUUGACCAAUCCCACCUUGAGCCUCUUGACAUGAAACACGUACGGGAAAAUUUCCCAUCCAUGGAUCCCCAGCUUGCAAGUCGUCUUGGGCCAGGCAAACUCUCAACGACGCCGAUAUCUCAAUUAUCGUGA